GGGUAACAAGAUUGGAAAGGAAUAAAAACGAGAUAAGGAUGAAAUUUUAUUAGCAAAUUGAGCUUGGGGUCAUGUAGGGAAGUAUUGCAACAGCUAUUCCUAGAUGAGGGGGUUUCACUGUAACUGAGUAGCUCUGGGUUUAGAUGCUUCAUUUUGUUCUGAAAAUGGAAAGGUAAUUUGUCAGAGUGUCUGCAGCAAGGUGCAGCACAGCCGUGGCUCGUGGGAGAUGCCUGCGUGCAGCAGCUGGGUGUUGUGGCCAAGUCUGCUGGGCUGUGCAGCGUUGCAGCCUCUCCCUGGGAGGGACAGGGAGGAGAGUAAGAAACACAGAGCUGCUGCAGGGAGUCAGGAGAUGUUGCAUGUUUGAGCCCUGGGACAGACCAGACCCUGACUAGUGUCAGAGAGCUCUGACGUGGUAGAAAAUCAGCUUCGUUGAACAUCUCCCUGAAUUUCAGAACCCCAGGAAUAUUUGUCAUGUAGAGUUUCAUUUUUCUUGUCAAGAUGCCUGUGAAUUGUUCUAAAAUACCCUGAUGAAUUCCACUUUUGUUCCCAGAACUUACCGCUUUUAGUAUGACUGAAUGUCACAUUACUUGCUAAUUUUUCUACUGCCUGUCAGUUCACUCCUGGCUUUACAUCGAUGGGGGAAGAGCCUUACUGAAAAGGAACUAGACAGUAGAAAUCCUUGUAUGGAAUUUAUCGCCGUGUUGAACACCAAACUGCCUAAGAUGGAACUUAAGCUGCCUAUAUAUAAGGCCCAUUCACCACAGAUCGGGAUGCGCCGUUACUUCAUUGAUCUCUUGGCUGUCCUCAGCAACCGUUGUAAUCUCUGUCCUACGGCACGGCAUCUUGCUGUCUACUUACUGGACGUCUUUAUGGACCACUAUGAUAUCAGUGUCAAGCAACUGUAUGUCAUUUCGAUUGCCUGUCUUCUUCUAGCAAGCAAAUUUGAAGAAAAGGAAGAUCGAGUUCCAAAGCUGGAGCACUUAAACAACCUGGUAUAUAUGUACAGUGUGAACGUGGUAUUGAACAAGAAAGAUUUGCUCAGAAUGGAACUGCUGCUUUUGGAAAACUUCAACUGGAACCUCUGCCUGCCCACACCAGCACACUACAUCGACUACUACCUCUUUGCUUCCGUAGGCGAGAACGACCUUCACAAUGGCUGGCCGAUCACCUCCCUGACCAAAGUCAAACCUUUCAUGGAGAAAUAUGCGUAUUACUUCCUUGAUUUCUCAGUGCAAGAUCACACUUUCCUUCUUUUUCGUCCAUCUUUGAUUGCUGCAGCUUGUGUGUGCGCUUCACGUAUAUGUAUGCAGAUUUCUCCUGCCUGGACAACACAGCUUGAAUUGCUAACAUCUUACUCCUGGGAGCAUCUUGCCCAGUGCAUUGAAAUGAUGCUCAUAUAUUACGAGAAUGAUGUCAAAGAAGCCAGUAACGUAAAAAAGCAAGUAACAAUACAACAUCAACAGCAAGUAAUGGAAAAUCUGAGCCAUCAAACCACUACUCAAGUCCUAUUUCAGCAAUCCAGCUAUCACCCUUUAGCCCAACAUUCAGCUACUUUUUCCCAGUUUCAGUCACCAGUGCAAGAUUUGUGCUCUGCUUAUCGUGACUCCUUACAGGCACAGAGGCCCAGCAGCCUGCUUGCUGGGAGUGCUAACAGCUCACUGUGCUCUUACGCUGCUCUUCAGGCCAGCCUUCAGCCAUCUGCCCAGACUCUGCCCAUCCAAACACCUACUGCUAUGCAGGUGGCCAUGGGAACAGAGCCCAGACACUGCAUCUCCAUGGCUUAUGGCAGUAGCUACUUCAGUGGUCAGCACUCAUAUGCAGCUGGGUGUUUUGACAGUUAAGUAUUGAUGGUGGGGAAAAAAAGGUGGUAUCAAUAGAGGCUAACAACCCUGUGUGUGAGCCAAAAUAUUUAUCUGAAUGAAAACCAUGAAGGAACAGAAUCCUUACAAUUUGCUCAUUCACAAGACAUUGAUCUGGAUCCAUUGAUAACUGGAAACCAGGUGCCUUUAUGUCAAGGAUUAUACUUUUGGCUCUUAAUGAGAGAGAGAAAUAGAAAUGCAAUAACAUACCUCACUUAAUGUCACUUUGAAAGUCACCUGCAUAGAAACCCUAUGGAAAUCACUUCCUCCUAGUCUUCAGUUAGUGGCUUGUCAGAGUUUGCUGAAAGCUUGUGCUGAAGAGUUGUUUCAGGCUGGAAUGUUUGUUGGAUUUCUGACUAAGGAGCCAUGCAGUUAAGAGGAUGUUCUUGGAAGAUGUGUAGUGCUCUCACUCUUUCCCAGGGACACAUCUCUUGAACAAUGCAGCUUAUACUACUGGAAGCGUCUACUAAAAAUAUACUGAAAAAGGAUGUCGCUUAGAUGUUAAUACUGUUAUUCUCUGCAGAAAUCAAUGUGUAGAACACUUUCCAUUUUCUUUGAGCAGGAGCAAUAGUUUAGGAAUAAGACUUGAACACAAAGGGAAAAAAGAAAAACAGGCCAGAAGACCACUGGAAUCAUUUUUGCCUUAAAAUCCACUUGGAAUCUAGAUGUGGUGCUGCUGAAUGGAACAUUGCUCUGCCUUCACUUAUUAAAGAAAACUCAAUCUUAAAUCAUCAUCUAGAUCUUUAACAUGUUGCUGCUUUUUGAGACUGGAGACUAUGGCUAGUAAAAUUGUUUACAAGCUUUAUCAGGGAUUUAAUGUUACUUGAAGAAAUCCUCUUGGAAAAAACUCUUGAAAGAGGUUCACUGCCUUCAGUUAUUUCAUCUUUUGGGCUUAUUAUUUUGUGGCAGAAGUUCAAGCUCAGGACAGGAACUUGUGCUAAUGGAGGCAGAGAUAGGGAACUGCCUAACUUUACUGUUGAAAUUAGAGUUUGUUUGAUUACAGAGCUAGAUAAUGAUUUUUUCAAAUAGCAUCUUGGCACUCUAUUGAAAAUACAGCUGGUAAACUAAAGAUCACAUUACUUCCUUGCAGUGGACACACCUACUGUUGCAUAUCCAAAGGUUUCCUUUUUAACUGAAACCAGAGAUGCUGACUCAAGAAAUUCUUUGUAGGGUGGUUUGUUUGUUUUGUUUUGUUUUUUUACAGUAAUGUGGAUAUUUACAAGAAACAGACUUCUGCAAAUGUGAAAUUUUAUUUUUGAUAUGUAACCACUAUUGUGAAUUUCUUUGAAGGAAGUAUUGUUUGUUUUAAAGUUCUCAGGACAGCAAUACAGGUAAUGUGCAAUAUGUUUUACUGACUUGAGGCAGGUUUUUAAAGUCACAUGUCGGUCAGUGCUGUUUUAAAUUGUAUUUUUAGAAAAAUGUUUUUAAGGGUGUUUUAGGGUGGAGGGGAAAAUUAGCCUGUACGCUAAUGUGUGCUUGUGUAACUAUCUUCCCAGAAUGCAGUUUUUGGUAUGGUGGUAAUACAUUUCCUCCACGCAGCAGGAGGAAAUGUUUCAUUAAAAAAAAAAAAAAGUGCAAACUGUAAGGGAAAAGGCAGUGCUCCUCAGAAUGAGUCUAGAAGUUUAGAGAAUUUAGUUCAUUGCUUAUUCUGCUGGUUUUGUAUUUAUACUAAACUUUAUUUUCAGAAGGUUUUAGUGUAUCUUUUUGUUAUAAUUUCUCAUUCAACAGACAACCACAUAUAUGUUGCAGUACUGUUACAUGUUUUUUCUUUUGUUUUCAUCACCUUUAUAAUGCAGGUUAUGUGCUGUGUUAUACUUUGGACUGAUAACACAAUUGUGAGAAUACUUGUGAAGUUCUUAAUGAAAGUUUCCAAUAAACAAACAUAAAACUGAA